AUGCAUUGGUUAUUUAUAGGUUGUGCCGCUCUUUCGCUAUCCUUCCCAACCUCAGCUGUAUUUCACGGAAAUGUUGACCAUGGCCACUGGAAUGAACUCCGAGGGCUCACCCACAGAGAUUCGUUCAAUGCCUCGCAGAUAAAGAAGUCGAGCACCCCUUUUGUCAUCGACACUUUCAAAAACCCAACUCGCAACGAUCUGGGAUUCUGGCACGGUUCCGGCGAGAAUUUACCUGUGGAAUAUGGACCGGGCUUCAUUCGUCUGUUCCCAACAGACCCGGACGAGAACUUCCAUACCCAGUUCGAUUCCAACGCCUGCUACAGCCUGGUUCCCUGGCACAACGAGUACUUGCAUGUCAUAUUCGAAGGCACGGAUAAAUACAGCCUCUCUUUUAACCAACACAACGACGAAUGUAGUUCUCAACGCAGUCCCUUCCCCGGAAUUGCAGACUCCGUCCAGGCAGAGCGGUAUGUGGUUCACCCUGCCUCUGAAGCCUAUGACUCGGAUGAUGAUUGGGACGAAGAUGGUGACGAUGACUCGGAUGACGAUGACGAUGUUAAGGCCGAUGCUGGGAGGAACAAGCACAAGCAUAGAAAACCCAAGGGCGGUCGACGCAAGCCCCCCCAUGGCAAUGCCCACAUUCCAGCAGGCCGUCGUGAGCUCUAUAUACCUCUGUCUCAUUUCAAUAUCGAUUUCAAUCGCGUGGUGUCGAUUUCGUUCCAUGGCUUCUAUACUAAGGAACCUCUGACUCUGCAUCAUGUGGAGAUCGUGCCUAAUGUUCCAGCGCCAUCGCAGGAGAAUAGUCAUUAUCGGGUGCCUGGGAAGCUGCCUAGUGGGGGAUUGGUUCUCCGUUGUUCGCGUCCGAAUUCAUUUGCAUUUGGUAUCGAUGAUGGACAGCCGCAGUACUCUCAGCAGGUCAUGCGUAUCCUUGACGACGAAGAUGUGCGGGUCACUUUCUUCGUUGUUGGUGCUGGGCUCAGGGAUCGGACGACCAAUUUCACGGAGUUUUAUAGGGAAAUGUUGAGGAAGGGUCACCAAGUGGCGCUCCAUUCGAACACCCACCCAAAGAUGGAAGCAUUGCCAACUCUCAGCCAGAUUGAUGACGAGAUCAUCCAGUCCAUGCAAAUCUUUAGGGACCGGCUGGACAUCAAGUCUUCAUACUUCCGCCCACCAUUCGGUACAGUAGCUGCCCGGAUGCGCCAGGAGCUAGCCCGACACAUACCAAACCCGUACAUUGUGAACUGGAGUGUGGACGUCGAAGACUGGCUAUGGGCAAACACAACUACCCCAGAGAAGCAGCUUGAAGCCUUCGUCCGCAGUGUUGGCAAGGGCGGGAAUCUUGCCGUCAUGCACUACCUGAAUCCGACUACCAUUGGGUAUCUACCGGAGUUCAUUCGGCAUGUCAAAAGAGCCGGAUACCACAUCAUGCGAAUCGACCAGUGUAUGGAGGAUGCGUCCGCUCCACCGUUGUAA